CAGGUUCUAAAUAUCAGGAAAGACAGGAAAUGCAGUGUGAAAACAGCAGGCCAAAAGUUCUUGGUUAACUGUAGCCGGGGAGUCUCAGACUAGGAUGGAGAUAGAUAGAGCUGAGACAGAGUGGGCUUCAUGCUAAGCCUUUCUUUGGACUGAGUUUUUGUUGUUAACUUGUUCAAUUGAGGUGUACUGCACUGGUUACGAAAAGGCCAGAGCAGUUCCAGCAUCAAAAUAGUGACAGUUUUGAAUACCAUAGUAUCUACACACUUAGGGUAUUUUUAUUAAAGAAGAUAAAGAGGCCAGACUAGAUCUCAUCCUCAUCUUCACCUAACUGCAACAUCGAAAGUUAAGAAACAGCAUCUUCAGGGCACUUUUAGGUGAGAAGAAGUCUAGAGAUGGAUCCAAACAAUUGUUUACUUCUGAACUUGAAAGUGGACAAUUUCACGAACUGCAAUGCCUCCAAUAACAGCGUGGAUCUCCCUGUGAAUGACGACUGGUUCCACCCGGGGAUCCUCUAUGUUAUCCCCGCAAUUUAUGGGGUUAUUAUCCUGAUAGGCCUCAUUGGCAACAUCACUCUGAUCAAGAUCUUCUGUACAGUCAAGUCCAUGAGAAAUGUGCCGAACCUGUUCAUCUCCAGUCUGGCUUUGGGAGACCUGCUCCUCCUGGUAACGUGUGCUCCUGUUGAUGCCAGCAGGUACCUGGCUGACAGAUGGCUAUUUGGCAGGAUUGGCUGCAAGCUGAUCCCCUUUAUACAGCUAACCUCCGUCGGGGUGUCUGUCUUCACACUCACGGCACUGUCGGCAGACAGGUACAAAGCCAUUGUCCGGCCAAUGGAUAUUCAGACAUCUCAUGCCCUGUUGAAGAUCUGCAUCAAAGCCGCCUUGAUCUGGAUCAUCUCCAUGCUGCUGGCCAUCCCAGAGGCUGUGUUCUCUGACCUCCAUCCUUUCCAUGAGGAAAGCACCAACCAGACCUUCAUUAGCUGUGCCCCAUAUCCACACUCUAAUGAUCUGCACCCCAAAAUCCACUCCAUGGCUUCUUUUCUGGUUUUCUACAUCAUUCCACUGUCGAUCAUCUCCGUCUACUAUUAUUUCAUUGCCAGAAACCUGAUCCAGAGUGCUUAUAAUCUGCCUGUGGAAGGAAAUAUACAUGUCAAGAAGCAGAUGGAAUCCCGGAAGCGGCUUGCCAAGACAGUGCUGGUGUUUGUGGGCCUCUUCGCCUUCUGCUGGCUCCCCAAUCAUGUCAUCUACCUGUACCGUUCCUACCACUACUCUGAAGUGGAUACCUCCAUGCUCCACUUUGUCACCAGUAUCUGUGCCCGCCUCUUGGCCUUCACCAACUCCUGCGUGAACCCCUUUGCCCUCUACCUGCUAAGCAAGACUUUCAGGAAACAGUUCAACACCCAGCUCCUCUGUUGCCGGCCUGGCCUGAUGAGCCGGUCCCACAGCACUGGCAGAAGUACCACCUGCAUGACCUCCUUCAAGAGUACCAACCCCUCCGUGGCCACCUUCAGCCUGAUCAAUGGAAACAUCUGUCACGAGGGGUAUGUUUAGAGUAACCCUUGACCUUGACCCCCUAGGGACUCCUGGCUUUACUUUAUGGCUGGCCAGAAGCCCCAGCCCUUGAAUCUGUAGUUGUCUCUGUACCCUCCAGAGGGCUCUUGACUGGUGUAGGUGGGUGGGGAGGGGCCCAAAUGGAUCACUGUUGUGUUUCUAAGUAAG